UUUGUGGCAGCAGUCACGUUUACGCGUCUGCAUUAAUGUCGACCAACUAAAAACAUCUCCCCGUUCCCUUUAAGCCAGUCCGCCGUGCCAGUGAGUGUUGUGUCGGAGACUGUCUGCUCCACCGUCUCGUCUGGUCCAGCUAACAUUAGCUGACUGACCUGCUUGGCUCAGAGGCAGGACGGAUUUCACGGAUAACAAUGUUUUAUUUUGAGGCCUGAUAAGGUGCAAAAACGAAACGCCGGAUGGUGAGCAGAGAGACACAACUGGAACGAGAAGCCGUCAAUGCAAAGAAAGAGGAUCCAUGGCAAAGUGGCUGAAGGACUACCUAAACUUUGGCUCCAGGCGUGACCCUCCACAGGUCCCGAGGCCAGAUUACAGUGAGAGUGAGAUUUUGAGGGCCUACAGAGCUCAGAAGGAGCUAGAUUUCGAAGACCCGUAUCAACACUCUAAGGAGCAUCAGAAUGGUGGUUUCAGCCCCUGUAGUGCCACAGUGAGCCUUCCCUCUUUUCCUGCAUUUGGUUCAGUGCUGCCUAAUGGUGUGGAGGUGAAAGUGGUGUCUCCAAAGCACAGACUUAUUAAAGUGGACUCUCAGGAGUUUGGCAGCUGUAAAGUCCGCCUGAGCCCUGUGACUGUUCAAGAGGAACCUGUGAUUCCCUCUGCCCCAGCAGCGUCGGACAGUGACACAGACUACUCUGAUCCGUUUGAUGUCCGUCCAGACCCAAGAGGCAGAGCAAACUGGGAGCCAAAAUCUGCACCAACAGACUGCUGCAGUUACAUGGAGCCAUUUGAGGCCCAGCGCAUUAUCUCAGAACUGCAGCACAGCAUGAUGACUAACAGGUCCGGGAGUGGAGAUGGCGGUCAAUUAUACGAUAACCCGUACGAGGAGAGGACUCGUCACCACCACCGAGCUGUUCCGCCGGCACAACAACUAACUCAGCGGGUUGAGGGCGGACUUGGCCAGAUAGACAGCCGGGAGAGCCGACUGCCUCAGGACGACGAGAGGCCGGCUGAUGAAUACGACCAGCCCUGGGAGUGGAAGAAGGACCACAUCUCUAAAGCGCUAGCAGUUCAAUUUGAAGGGGCAGAAAGGGAGCGCUCGCGAGCCCAGACGGGCAGUACAUCUACCGCAGCUGACUCGACUACACUCCGUCUGGUUGGUGAUACUCCUCCCCUCCUAGGAGAGAGAGUGGAUCCAUUCAUGCCACUGGAGAGACAAGUGUGGUACCAUGGAGCCCUUAGCCGCUCGGAGGCAGAGAGUCUACUGACGCUGUGCAAGGAGAGCUCCUACCUGGUGAGGAACAGCCAGACCUGCCGGAACAACUACUCGCUCUCACUCAGGAGCUUUAAGGGCUUCAUGCACAUGAAGUUCACUCAGUCUGCAGAGGGGCGUUUCGUGCUCGGGGAGAACAGCCCUCCCUUCUCCAGCAUCUCAGAGGUCAUCCACUUCUACACGACACACAAGCUGCCAAUCAGAGGAGCUGAACACAUGUCCCUACUGUAUCCUGUCAUAGUGCAGACCCUCUGACACUCUCACACACUCUUUUCUCCUGGUGCUACUGAAUACAAUAUAUACUCAAUAUUUACCCAUUACCUUCCUAUUUUCCUACAUGCCUUUUCAUCGCCAUUCUACCUGCACUGCCCGCAAGAGAUUGGACUGUUUGGUGCCCUCUCCUCCGUUUACCAUAAUCCCAGUUACUACACUGGCAUCUUAAUAAAACAGCUCAGUGCCUCCAUGAAUAUUUGCCUGUGAACUGGUAUUGUCACUGAAAUCUCCUUAUUUUAAUACCAUGGACUCCUAAAAUAAAUCAGCAAUCAUUAAGAUUGGUAGCUGAGUACUUUUUAAGUAUAAUAUUACAAAAACAAUCUGUCUGGAGACGGUAGAAUCUACAGAACAUUGCAUGAAGAUGUGUCUCUUUGGCUGUAGAGCAGAGAGAGACUGUACUGCCGGGUCAUUAAAGGAUAAUCGUGGUGUUUGCUCUUGUUUCAUGCCAAUCAUAUAAAUUGUUCUGUGAAUCUUAUGUUUUAUAAUCAAAACAAAAUGAUGGAUAUAGGGUGUGGGGAUUUACUACAUGUAGACUGUUUAUAAUGCUGUUUACAAAGUGCUACAACUGCAAGAAACACUGUCAUUAUCCUUUUUAAGUGUUCGUUACAACAUCAACCAAACAGAACAUGUUUAACCCUGGCCUGGGGUUGUGCUGCUGCACGCCCCUGCAGUCCUCUCCUGAGUUCAUGUAACGUGUGAACGACACAAAGUGACUUGUUAACUUCACACAGCAGCAGACUCUUGCAAUACUAGUCUAGAGAAUAAAAACAGUAUUAUAUUGAAAGCUUGUGGCGUUGUGAUCAUGACUAUUAAAGGAGCUUUGGUAGAUGAUUUACUGUGCUGUUUUAUAAGAUUUUAAAUGUGUGUUUGAAAAAUAAAGAUGUCUGUUUUUAAAUGGUC